UUUAGCGGGGAGGCUGCGCUGCCGGGCACGUGUGGAGGCCCCCGCGCAGCCGCCUGCUCGCGCGUCCCUGGCUGUGCGCUCCCGGUGCCCGGAGCGGGGACUUACAGCAUCGUAACAAAGGAGGGUUGGGAGGGCCGUCAGCGGGCGUCUCGUCCAGGCCCUGCUCAGAGUAGGACCAGCUCCAGCUGUUGAGCCCUAGCUCAAGUCUGGGAUUGUGCCCGGCUGAUGAGCUUGUGGGAGUCAAAGCAGAGCAUGCAGAGAUGUUCUACCUGCAGAAGACAAGGAAAUUUUUUGAGGCAAACUGGCUGCUACGGAGAUGCGCUGCAACCUGGAAGAGCUUGCCAGAUAAAGCUUCAUUUGCAAACAUACUGCGGAUGGAUGAUAAAACGCUCACUAAACUGACUUUCCCCCUCCAGGAUCUGGAGAAAUAUUAUGUGUCCAAUGUGAACACUGAAAACUUCCGGAUCUUCAACCCCAGCCUGGAUUACAUCCAGUGGGCAGAGUUGCUUUUCAAACCCUCGAAAGACCAUGAGAUUGAUUAUUUCAGUUCUGCCAUCCGCAUGGAUCACGCUCCACUACUGUCGCAGCCUGAGGUGUGCUUUAUCGGCCGAAGCAACGUUGGGAAAUCCUGCUUGCUAAAGGCUUUAUUUUCUUUGGCUCCAGAAGUUGAAGUGAGAGUGUCAAAAACUCCGGUAGGUGUUGUUUUGGAAUGCCCUCCCUCUCAGUUGGAUGCUGGUGCCAUUCAGGGUCACACCAAGAAACUUAAUUUCUUCAAGGUGGGGAAACGUUUUACAAUGGUGGACAUGCCUGGCUACGGAUACCGAGCCCCACAGGACUUUUCUGAGAUGGUGGAAGCCUAUCUACAAGAGCGGAAGAACUUGAAGAGGACAUUCUUAUUAGUGGAUGGUGUAACAGGAAUUCAGGAAGUAGACAACACUGCUGUAGAGAUGUUGGAAGAGUUUGGGAUCCCUUAUGUGCUCGUGUUAACAAAAAUUGACAGAGCUCCCAAGGGACUGCUACUAAAAAAUGUACUGGCGAUCCAGGACUUUGUAGAGAAACAAACUCAGGGAUGUUUUCCUCAGCUCUUCCCAGUCAGUUCUGUAGAGUUUUCUGGGAUCUACCUGCUGAGGUGUUUUAUAGCACAUGUUACAGGAAAUCUAUCCAUUACAGAGUCCUGAUGACAACACACAUGUCCCUAACCACAACUAUCCUGUUGUACUCACUUAUCCGCCAUAAAAGGUACUAAAGCCCUAUGACUGGAUUUUGGAUUUAUGAGUUUGUAAAUAAUAAAAACAUCAAACUAAUUCCAGUAUUUUAUUUUAACUCACUGGGUAGAAAGGUGGAAUCUUUGGUUUAAAUUAUUCCUAGAACAGAUUAUUUUUCAGAUUUCAAUCAUUAUUAACUUCAUUAAAAUAUAAUAAACAUAUUUUAUAAAUGGUUUAUAUUUCCUUCCCUUCCUUCAUAUGAAGGCAGUCUUGAAUGUGAAUGCAUACAUUCUAGAAUAUAUGGCUACAGCUGGAGGUGAGCAAGACCCUGAGCUCUUUGAGUUUUAAGCAUAGCAUCCUCCUUUCUUAGCUAGAUCAAGAACAUCAUGUAGGUGUGUUUUUCCCCUCCAAUUAGUCAUUGCUUUCUAGAUCUCUUUUAUUGAGGAAAUCAGGGGUACCACGUGGAAUUCAAGCCUUCUGAUAAAUCCAUUUAGUUCUAAGUUGAACAGGAAUGCAAGUCUUGAUUUAGUGAGGACAAGAAAAAAGCAAGCACAAAGCAGUCUUUCAGAACCAUCCACCUAAUUUUGAUUGCAACAAGAGUUGACAAGGACCCAACCACUUAUAUCAGGUGUAGGCAUCAAUUAAGUAUGCAGAUGUCACAGAUGGUUUCAGUGGCUGAAAUCUGAGAAGUUCUAGUAAAGAUUUUUGUCCCCACUAAAAUGAAAGUAUUUACUUAAUGCUGAAUAUUUCAAAUAUUUAAACAAUUGACCAUUUAUAAGAACAUAUAUUUGUAAGAGACAGAAUACUUCUAACCCGCCUUGCAGACCAACUGUGGAAUUGGACAUACAGGAGUUUCCCUGAGCAUAAUAAAUCAUUGGACAAGACAAGAACCUGGUUCCAAUUCUUCUUCUGGAGCUAAUGAACUUCAAACAUCUGUAGCAAAAUAGGUCAACCUCUGGCUAUCCCCAGUCCACAGACUCCGGAAGGAGUACUUGAUUUCUCAUUCAUCUUGCAGGAGUGUACUGUGACUGUCCACCCUGCUGGUUCUUGAACUCUGGAAGAUGCACCACCAAGAAAUGUCUGGUAGAUGCACCAGAUACAUAGGCUGACUUCUUCCCUGUGUUUAGAAGGUGAAGGAAAGAUCUCACCUUUGAGUAUCAGAUAUCACAAUAGAUUUGUCAGUCAUAAUCUGAAUAUGGUGCUUCUGACGUGGUGUAGGAAAUCCUGGAUGCUUGCUGCCCUGCUUGGAAGUCCAUUAUGUUAAUGUGGAGCUUUGCCUCCUUGGAACAUGAGAGGCCUUGCAUUUGGAGACUGCUGACUUAUGCUCCAUGCCCUAGUAGAGAAGUGUUUGCUGUGAUGGUCACAAAGGAGUGGAAGAGGAGGAAUGGGACCUGAUGACUGAAACUCAUGCUAAGCUUGGGCCUACUCACAAAACUUAAAAUACAGAAUAACGCUAACUGCGUAUUGCAAGAGAAUGCGAGUUCAUGGCUAGGCCAUCUAAGAAGGAAUAAUGAAGUAUCUCUUCCAGCUUAUCUUUCUAUACUCAAAAUGAUUUCAGGCAGACUCUUAGUUGUUUGGUGUGUAACCAUGUGAAAUGUCUAUCCUUGAUUAAUUAGUAUGGUAAAUAUUUUUUUUGCAACUAACUUGUGUUUAUGUGCAGGAAGAGACAUUCUCCAUAUGUAACAGAUGUCUCUUCCUGAUUUAGUAUAUUUUUCCUGGCUGUUAAUCAAUUUCUUGAUAUGUUUCAACCUGGAUAACCUCUUGUUACUGAAGAAAGUAACUCAUUGAAAUUAGAAAUUUCUGAUAACCAGUAAUGAGCAGGUUUUUCCUGUCAAUUACUGCUUGGGACUCUCUCUUGAUUUACACAACUAAAAGAAUGUUUUGAAGAUGCUAAACUAAGGGUAUAAAAAGGCAGUAAAACAGCAAACAGCGCACACUUCAAGAGUGAGAAAUCUCUCUGAUGCCAGUUGCUGAUGCGCCCAACUUACUUGAGAAGUUGAAGAGAAACAGACUGCUUCUUCGUUGCCCGUUUGGUGAAAAAUCAUCACCAUAUAGCUAAUUACUGGGCUUUGAUUUGGUUUGGGCUCACUUGACUUGAUUUUAAAUACUUGUAGUAAAUAAAGCCUUUC